AUGCGGAUCGCCGCCUACGUUGGGACCUCCGUGGCCCUGGCCGCCUCGGUGCUGCUUCGCGCCGCAUACGAAAGGCCUAACUUCUACUCCGCAUGUGUCUAUCUCUCUCAGUCAAAUGCCUGCCUCAUGAUACUCACGAACCUUGUCCUCCUCCUCACGGCUUCCUUCAUGUACGGACUCCAGCGCCUCCUCUACGGACCGCUCCGCCCCAUGGAAGUCGAGCGCCUCUACGAACACGCCUGGUUCGCCAUCACAGAGACACUGCUAGCUAUGACUAUCUUCCGUGACGACGUGGGGGUGUGGUUCUUUGUCAUGUUUGUCAGCCUCAUUGCUGGCAAGAUCUGGCAAUGGAUUGGUGCUGGCCGAGUCGAGUUCGUGGAGCAACAGCCCCCGACCUCAAACGAGAUCUUCUUCCACUCCCGCCUGUCCUCUUCGCUGAUACUGUCCAUUGCGUACGACUCGGUGAUGCUCGGAUAUUGCGUGGACACGGUCCUGCGCCAGGCACGACCAAACAUGAUCGUCAUGUUUGGCUUCGAAUAUGCUCUGCUCCUCAUCGAGUCCUUCGCCACCUUCUUCAGGCAUAUCCUGUGCCUCAUUGAUCUGACCGUCCAACAUAAGCAGACAGACGCCAAGAGACAGGAGAUGCUUGAGGAGAGGAGAGCCGAGAGACAGCGACAGAGGGAGGAGACUGGCGAAGGCUUGCUUACGGCGGCGGAGCUGGCUGCCGAAAACAUCGAAGUUGAUGACAAUGAGAUCGACGUGCCUGGAUGGGAAGGCAAGGGCCGAUGGAUCUUCUACUUGGACCUUGCAAAGGACUUUGUCAAGCUGACCAUCUACAUGGCAUUUUUCGUCAUCCUCAUGACCUUCCACGGUCUUCCCAUUCACAUCAUGAGAGACGUCCUUCUAACAUUCCGCUCGUUCCAUAAGCGCAUUUACGACUUCUUACGCUAUCGCAACGCUACACGGGACAUGAACUCUCGUUACCCUGACGCUACCAAUGAAGACCUCGGGGAAAACAACAUCUGCAUCAUCUGCCGCGAGGAGAUGCGCCCAUGGACAACGCCUGAGCAAGCACAAGCUGCUGCUGCUGGUGGCGCCCCGCCAGCACAAACUCCGCAGCGUCCAAUUGACGAACGCCACAGGGCGAAGAAGCUACCUUGUGGCCAUUGUCUCCAUAUCAGUUGCUUGCGCAGUUGGCUUGAACGCCAACAGGCUUGUCCCACCUGUCGCCAGCCGGUACUCGUCGAAGAGGCUCGGCAACGUCAACAGGCAAAUCGAGCCAACCCAGCCGCCAAUGUUGGUGCACAACCUGGACUUCAGCAAGGUGCUCCGAAUGGCAUCCCACAAGACGGGAAUGCCCAGCAGCCUCCUCUCCCUCGCAUGCGUCAAAUUCAAUUUGGCCCGUUCCGUAUUGGAUAUGGCGUCCGCGCAGUGAACCUGAACAACGCGCAGGCGGACAACCCGCUCGCUCAAAUAGUAGAGCACGGACGACAGCAACACGAGCAGGCUCAGCAACAGAUGCAGCAACAGUACCAGCAACAGCAACAGCAGCGUGGAGGCCUCAGUGACCGCUCGUCUCGUGCGCUCCUGCGUGAGGCGACGGCAGACCCUCUCCGGGCGAAUUCUGUCAUUGCGCAGACCAUGUGGCUAGAUCAGCUGGAGCGUCGCCUGGUGAGCGAUAUUCAGGCUCUGAAUGUCGCGCAGCAUCAACUGCACCUUGUCCGGGCAUUGCAGGCAGAGUACAUGCGUCUUCGUCGCGUAGCGGCAGCUACUGUUGUCAAUGGUGCCCAGCCCGCGCAAGAUGCCCAAUCCCCGCUUGCGAACAUGUUUGCCGGCCUCAACACUGACGGUCUCAAUCUCAACGCAACAUUGGGGCACGACUUGAACCAGCCGCGUCUUUUUAACGCCAAUGCGGAACAGCCUGUCAUGGAAGCCCACGAUCCAAAUCUUCCGCAAGGAUUGAAUUUGCCUCCCGGGUGGACGCUCUUGCCACUCCAUAGGGCCGAUGCUACGCAGGCGCAAGAGCCAGGAAACCAAGGACCGAGCCAUCACUCUCCUCCUGCUCGCUCAACGGCACAGUCUGCCGCAGAUGCUGCGGCCUCUCUACAAAACUGGAACGACACAAUGACACGGACACUGGACGAAGCUCGAGGCCGCGAUUAUACUUCCGACUUGUCAAUGCAGGCCCCUCCUACCGCUACGACCUUUAAUGGGACCGGCCAUGCUCCCCCUGGCCUCCGCGAGAACCACACCAGGCCUAACAAUUCUGAAGUCAAUGUACAAACACUGGCCCCCCCGAGCUUGCCAACCAACGCAGCCAACCCACCCACCGCGCAACAUGCUAAUGAGCCUGUUUCUAUCGGCUCCAUGGCUCAUAUCCCUCCAUCUUCUGACCCAGCAAAUCUCGGGGGUUCGGACAUCUCAUCUCACUCGGAGCACCCGUCCCAUCCUGUUGCUGCUGAAUCCUCUGAAGUAGCGAACAACACAACGUCUACAACUGGUUCUGAAGGAAGCUCGACAAAGGCACCAAGGCCCGAAUCUGCUGACGCUGAAGGUGCUGCUUCCCAGAUCGAUGGAGUCAGUAGUUCCACUCUUGCGAGUGAGCGGCCUCCAUCUCGACAGCCGACAGUCGAAGAUGGAGAGGAUGACGACAACUAG